GGAUAGGGAACGCGCGCGAGGCGUCUAAACGGCUCCCUCUGUGCUUCGUUCCCCCACCCAUUCCAUUCCCUCUGUUCCUUCCGUUCAACUGCAACGUUGCCGGCUCGCUCGGUUACAAGCGCUCCGGCGUCCACGUUCCUCCGCUCCGAAAUUCAAACAACAGAGCUGAGCUGGGAUGGCGAUCAAAUCUUCAUGUUCAUUCUGUUCCGAGCGAUUUGCACGAUGGAUUACGACUACUUCAACGGACGGCCUCGCGAUGUUAUCGCCGAGCAUGCUCGUAGGGUUAGGUACCAGGUGUUCAUUCGAUUUCGUUUACGUGACGCCCACAAUCCCCUCGACAUGUCUAUUGAAGGAUUCGUCGAGCUGUACCGCAUGCCGCAGGACAUAUUCCUCGACCUUUUGGAGGUCAUAACCCCCUUUGUUCCUCAUCGCCAGUCACGCUUGGCUAUUCCUCUUUACAUGAGACUUCUUUGUGCGCUCUCCUUCUAUGCCACUGGCACCUAUCAAGAGCACAAUGGUACUGCUAUGCACCACCCUAUGUCCCAGGCUAGCGUGAGCUAUUGCAUUAAAGAAGUGACCAAUGCUCUGAACCAUCCACUUGUUUUCACUAGAUUUGUUAGAUUUCCGUUGACACAUGCCGAACGUCUUGCGCUGGUGGAUAGAAAUGCACGUAUGGGCCUUCCUGGUGUAAUAGGACUCAUAGAUGGUACCAUCAUAAGGAUUACUCCACCUCCUAAACCCAAUGUUCAUUACUACUCUAGGAAAGGGUCUACAUCCCUCAAUGUGAUGAUAGUGUGUGAUACUGACUUGAAUAUUAUCAAUGUAAAUGCUCGGUACCCUGGAUCAUCCCAUGAUUCACAUGUGUACAACAACUCUACAGUGAGAGAUGUGAUGGAGGCUGCAUUUCGGGAGGACCCUUGUUGGCUGCUAGGAGAUCAAGGCUAUCCUCGCCUUCCAUGGCUGAUGACUCCUGUAUGGCGUCCUGUCAGAGGUACACCAGAGUAUUAUUAUAAUGUACUCCACUCAAGAGUGAGGAUGGUGGUGGAGAGAUGCAUUGGGGUGCUCAAGGCUCGUUGGCGGUGCAUCUGCAACGACAAUGCGCUCCCUUACCGCCCUGAGAAAUCUGGCCAGAUCAUCAACGCCUGUGUGGUUUUGCACAACAUUCUUACACGCUGCAGGCUUGCAGUUCCUGUACACCACGCUGGUUUUCAGGAUCCUCGUGAGCCAAACUAUGUUGUGCCCCCAGAGUAUGAAGAUGUUGGUGCUUUCUUUGCAGAUGCAGAUGCUGUCCAAGCAGAACUGGUUGACCAUGCUAAUUGGUUCAUGAACCGUAAUUUGCAUUGAAUUUUUUCUUUUGUUUAAUCACCUUUAUUUGUCAUGAUUCAGUUCAUCGCCUGGUGUCUAAGUUUGAUUCCUGUGUGCAACAUUUUUAUUUGUUUAUGUUAAUUUCAAUAUUUAGUCGUCAGUUAGGUUUCAAAUUAUAACCUUACUAGAAAAUGUUAAGUUAUGUGGAACUGUUUUUUGAUCUGAGUGACUUUGUCAUGGCUUAUUUAUAACAUUUCAGCUGCAUUGAGUUUUAUUUUGGUACAUUAAUAUGAGUAUGAAGUCAUUUGGUGAUUUGAAAUGGACAUUUCUGACUUUACUGAAUAUAUUAUGUAUGUUCAUGCUGUAAAUCAAGCAAUAGUUUUGAUAUUGUUCAGUUAAUGCUUUUUUGGUGUGAAGUCCUGCACUGUUCUUUCUAUCUACUAUUAUUUUGUUUUGUUAGAUUUCAACUUUGGUGACUUUAGUUGUUAGCCUAUUCUAGUAUAUAAUUUAUACAAUUUCUAAUUUUGUUGGCUGAGCAAUUAGCGAAGCCUAUUACUCCAGUAAUCCAAUACGUUUAGUGUGUGUCUUUCUGUAUGCUCAAUAACUUGAACAGAUUGAGCUAGUAAAUUUUUAUGUGAAUGUACAGUUUGUUGUAAAUAUUACUGCUACAUCUAUUUGUACAUACAUCUUUAUUUAAAUUAUGCGCCCUCAACUGUACAUUCUCAUAGCGACUACUUUUGACUGUCACUUGUCUGCGACUGCAGCGCCAUCUGUUCGAUACUGUGUUGAUAAAUAAAACUACUCGCUCACUUCGAGCCAGACUGUUGCCAAACAACAUUGUCUUUCUCCU